UUAGAAUUGGAUGACUCCUGCGAAUCUUUGUUUGACCGAUCCCAAACCAGUGCAAUGAGUCGCCUACUAAAUAUGCUAUGACGUUCCACAAUGUGAAUGCAGUUUGAAUCACGAUAUUAUUACACUGAAGCCAUGUUCUCAUCACCCUAUAAGCAACUGCGGCGGGCCCCAAACCAAACUUGAGAUUGAUCGGAGGUUGACCGACAUUCGCGACUCGCGAGUUCGCUAGGCUUACCCCGAGAUCUAGCCCAACUCGGACCAUGUGGGGGUUGGAGUCCCUGGCGGGCAGCGCGUGCACUUAAGUCUCGUAGGGGCCCGAAAAAAAAUUGUUGAUUGCCCUUGCACCACUUAUCCUACAUACUGUAUCCCCGCCGCGAUGAGUGAGAAAGAGAUCACUCCGGAUGGCGCGAUCAAUGCGACUGACGCAGAAUUAGCACUCAACUGCAAUGACAGUGGCCCCGACCUUCAGGCUCGGAAUAAGGCAUUGAUAUGGAAGCAAGAUUUGCAUAUCGUUCCUCUCUCCGCCUUUAUCUACCUCCUUUGCUAUCUGGAUCGAUCGAAUAUCGGAAAUGCCAAAAUUAUGAAUGCGGAGACUGGCAAUGAUCUCCUUACCGAAACGAACAUGACCUCUUACGAAUAUACGAUCGCACUGAUGGUCUUCUUGAUUGCCUACGCCCUCUUCGAAGUACCCUCCAACUAUUUCCUCAAGAAGCUUAGACCGAGCAGAUGGAUCGCGUUCCUGAUGCUGUCAUGGGGGGCUGUCACGAUGGGGUUAGGCGGGGCACACAACUACGCGCAAGUGACGGGACUGCGUUUUCUUCUUGGAGUCCUCGAAGCUGGCCUCUUCCCGGGCUUCGUCUAUUUCCUAACCUUCUGGUACCGAACCUCGGAACGUUCGUUGCGCGUAGCUUUAAUCCUCGCCUCAGCAACCCUAGCAGGCGCAUUCGGCGGUGCCAUCGCCUACGGUGUCGGGCAUAUGAAUAUGGCCCACGGUUUAUCAGCGUGGCGCUGGCUUUUCAUAAUCGAGGGCGCACCGUCCUGCGUCUCCGCCUUCCUCGUUUGGUUUAUACUCCCCGAUUACCCCGAAACUGCAUCUUGGUUAUCCGAGGACGAGAAGGCACUUGCCGCGAAGCGUCUUGAAGUAGAAGGGUCUAAGGGUGGUGCCCAUGCGAUGACAUGGCAAGACGCCAAAGAUGUCCUCUUUGACUGGCGUUUAUACGCACACUACCUCGUCUACUUUGGUAUCUCAGCGCCAUUCUCCAGCCUCUCACUUUUCACCCCUUCAAUUACCAGCGGACUCGGAUAUACCAGCCUGAAAGCACAGCUCAUGACAGUGCCUCCAUGGGCAGUGGCGUACGUCGUAACGACAGCUGUCGCGUGGUCCGCAGACUACUUCAAUAGCCGUGGCCUCCAUUCCGCGGCUCUCGCCUUUGUUGGUGCAAUGGGCUUCCUCGCCUCCGCCGUUCUCCCAGCAGACGCAUAUCUCCAUCGUUACGGCUGCCUAAUCGUCGCAACAAGUGGUUCUUUCGCCUGCAUCCCGCCAUUGCUCGGGUGGCUCUCAUCCAACAUCCGCUCCACAGCGGGGACAGGCCUCGCAAUCGCGCUGAACGUCUCCUUUGGUGCUCCAGGCCAGAUCGUUGGAGUAUGGAUCUACAAGUCGGACGAGGCAAAGCGCGGGUAUCCGACGGGCCAUUGGACGAAUGCAGCCCUGCUGCUGCUCGUUACUGUAGGGUGUUUGGCGCUGAGGGGGUACUAUGGGUGGAAGAAUCGGCGGUUACGACUAUCGGGCAGGGAGAGAUUUGCUUAUUGAGUUCGAUCACUCACACACAUACCCUCUCUCUCGCUCGCUUACUUUGUUUGAUGGGCUGGGCUUUGUUGGGUAAAUAUGAUUUUUUUUUUUUUUUUUUUUUUUAAUUCACUGACAACUUAAUUCAUAUAUUAAUACCUAACGAUGGAACUGGGAUCGAGGAGACAGAUUAAGCAGCCUGUGGUUUCCCUGCCGAUAUACUAAUAGGGUUAGAAUAAUUUAAUAGUCAUAACGGUCCUGAACCUGAACCAUGGAACGAGCGAAACACGUGAACCUUAGCUGGGGAAAUAAGGUUAGGUUCCGACGUUCCAAAAUCCAUCACGGCUGACAGGUACCUACAUAAACUGAGAAGUUCCACCAGAGAAUUCGGUAUAUACUAUGCAUCAAUAUAAAUGUGCGCCAGUUCAAUUACCAGGUGCGUGGACAUGUUUUACCUGUUUAAUGAGUGCAUCUGAAUUAUUCGGGGUCGAAA